GCGAAGACAAGCGAUGCUUGUGUCUGUCCUCUCCGGGAUGAGCCCGGGCAGACUGUCAGCGCUGGGGGUUUGAGUGUGACUGAGAUGGAGAUGGAGAGGCGAGUGGACACCAGCGCCGCCGAUCCGAGCCUCGGGCAGGGGGGCAAGGGCCAGCGCUUCAGCCUACAGUUGGUGGGCUCGCUGGCGGUUCACCAGCUCACCACCAUGCCCAUGCUGCCCUGGGUGGUGGCUGAGGUGCGGAGACGGAGCGCCCGGGGCUCGGGGAGCCGGCGGGUCCGCCUGCAGGUGUGGCAGGGCUGGGUGCGCUGUGUGGCCGCCACCGGCAGCCACCCCGAGCAGCCCCUCUCCAGCACAGUGUUCCAGCACCGCGCACAACACAUCCACAAGCUGCUCCACAACAGCAGCGAGCCCAACUACUUCGCCUAUUUGACCAAGAACCAAGCUGCACAGCAACCAGAACACAGUCUCUGCUUCGUCUUUAGGGCGUCUGAUCACACACUGGUUCCUGAGAUCAUCAAUACUAUCCGUCAGGCUGGGAAGCCAGUACGGCAGGAAGAGACGCAAAUCCGCGUGCAUGAUGACGAUUCCUUUGCUCAGAAGUAUGAGGUCCUAUUCGUCGGGAAGGUGACAGUGGCACACAAGAAAGCUCCUCCAGCACUAAUUGAUGAAUGUAUCGAAAAAUUUAACCACCUCCAAGAACACGACAAGGACGGAAGAAAAGGAGGAGUAGGUCAGGAACGAACGGAAAGACCACAGACUGAGAAUUCAUGGUUCUUAAGUUCCAAAUUGCCAACACCAUUAGUGCAAAAGAGGAACAAAUCUGUUCCUAAACUGACUAUUCAGGAUGCAGCUACACAGUCACAGAGUAUUCUGGGGAAAAGUGGCUCACUUGACAUGAGCAGCGGCUCAGACUAUGAUGGAGCAAAGAGUGGUGGUUUACUAGAAGCCCGGAAACGUGCUGUUAGUGCACCAAAUAUUGUGCAGCCAACAAACAUGAAAGCAAAUAGGACCAUGCUGUUUACGAUUGGCCAGUCUGAAGUUUACCUCAUAAGUCCUGACACAAAGAAGGUGACAAUUGAGAAAAAUUUCAAAGAAAUCUCCUUCUGCUCUCAGGGAAUUAAGUAUGUGGAUCACUUUGGAUUCAUCUGCAGGGAGAGUCCAGACAGUGGAAGCUGCCAUUUUGUCUGCUAUGUGUUUCAGUGUACAAAUGAAGCCUUGGUCGAUGAAAUUAUGUUGACAUUGAAGCAAGCAUUCACUGCAGCUGCUGUCCAUCAAAACAUGAAGAUCCAAGCUCAGCUGUGUGAGGGAUGUCCAAUGAAUUGCCUCCACAAGUUGUGUGAAAAGAUAGAGGGCCUCCACCCUUCAAAAGCAAAAGUGGAAAUUCAGAAACACUUAUCAACAUUCAACAACAAAGAUCAAGGAUCAAUCUUCGAGGGGGUUCAGAAAAUGAAACCAAAAAAUGAAUUGGAGGAAAAUGAACUGGUUCUAUCAAUGCUGCGGCAGUUGUAUGAAGAGAAACAGAAGCUGCAUGUCCACAAUGGAGACGCAAAGCAGACAUCACAAAGCUGCUCACAGCCUUCAAAUCUGAAUGAACAACAAUCUCUCUCAGGCCGCUUCAGACUGGACCACUUUAAAAUCAAGGCUAAAAAAUCAUUGGCAGAAUCACUGGAGAAUAUUUUAUCAAUGGGAGGGUCCAGGCUCAGGAGCCAAGCAUGUGCUGAAAGUACAGUGUCAGAAAAAACAACUUUGAGUCUAUCAAGUUCUAGUCUAUCCAAGAAUACAUGUUCGGAUGAAAGUGAUGACCAGGCACCUUCUAUUAGUCCUGUGAAGUCUCAUGGUUCUACAGGAGAUUUGUUGCAAGACCUAGAUAACAGCAUUGAAUCAACUGAACCAGUGUUUAGACGACGGGCCAAUACCUUCAGUCACAUGCCUUCCAGUGUUGAACAGCCACAGCAGACUCUGGACGAGACCCCAUCCUUUCCCAAGCCAAAACUGAUGAGGUAUCACUCAGUGAGCACAGACACACCACACAAACAAAACCUGGAUGUAUCAAAUGGUAACACUCAUGGCAAAUCGCCGCAGUCCAUGUUGCACAAGUCUGUAGAUCACCUGCGGUCUUCAACCUCCACUCCAAAUUUUUUUAAGUAUUUGAAGACUAGUUCCAGUGCAAGGGAUGGUGGGCUGAUAUUGAAAAAAAGUGCUUCUCAGCUUAGCGGCCUACGAGCAAGGCUUCCAUCUUCAACCUCUACUCCAAACUUUCUAAAAUUUCUGGUUCCUGUAGCUCACAGCCACAGCACCAAAAGUGACUAUGAAUCCAGGCCGAGCCCAGGCAGAGGGAGUAAUGGGAAUUUGGUCCGUAACCGUCGGCAGUCCUGGCGACAGCAGAUCUUUCUUCGUGUGGCUUCACCACAGAAAGGUUGCGAAUCCCCCUGCAGACAUGAUGAUCAUUCAGAUGCAGGAGAGGUUACCUCGAGAGCAUCUUUGGCAGCGACAUGUGACAGUUACCUGGGGGCAGUUGCAGAGGAAAGGAAGCGUACAUCAGGGGAGCUCCGGGAUUUAUGGAGGAAGGCAAUUCUCCAACAGAUACUACUUCUGAGGAUGGAAAAAGAAAACCAGAAACUACAAGCUUCAGAAAGUGACCUGCAGAACAAACGCUUGAAGCUGGAUUACGAAGAAAUCACUCUGUGUCUAAAAGAAGUGACUCUGGUUUGGGAGAAGAUGCUCAAUGUGCCUGCAAGGUCAACGGUUAAAUUUGAUAUGGAGAAUAUUCAUGUGGCCAUGGGCCAAGGUGUACCUCGGCAGCAUCGUGGUGAAAUAUGGAAACUUCUAGCAGAACAGCACCAGCUGAGGUAUCAGUUACCUGUAAAACAACAGCCAAAGGACACUCCAUAUGAAGAACUGUUAAAGCAGUUAACGGCUCACCAGCACGCAAUACUUAUUGAUCUUGGUCGUACAUUUCCGACACAUCCCUAUUUUACUACUCCAUUGGGUGCUGGCCAGCUCUCUCUCUAUAAUCUCUUGAAAGCCUACUCUCUGCUGGAUCAGGAGGUGGGCUAUUGCCAGGGCCUUAGCUUUGUAGCAGGAAUCUUACUGCUACACAUGAGUGAAGAAGAUGCUUUUCAUAUGCUGAAGUUUCUCAUGUAUGAUAUGGGCUUGAGGAAGCAAUAUCGACCAGACAUGAUUAUUCUACAGAUACAGAUGUACCAACUUUCACGACUCCUCCACGACUAUCACCGAGACCUCUACUGCCACUUUGAGGAGAAUGAAAUUAGCCCCAGCCUUUACGCUGCCCCAUGGUUUCUCACUGUGUUUGCUUCUCAGUUUCCUUUGGGUUUUGUGGCCCGAGUCUUUGAUAUGAUCUUCCUUCAAGGGUCAGAGGUCAUCUUUAAGGUAGCCCUGAGCCUACUGGGAAGCCACAAGCCACUAAUUCUACAACAUGAGAGUCUGGAAUCAAUAAUUGACUUUAUAAAGUGCACUCUACCCAACCUUGGAUUAGUACAGAUGGAAAAAACUAUUAAUCAGGUGUUUGAGAUGGACCUCUCCAAACAAUUGCAGGCCUAUGAGGUUGAGUACCACGUUCUUCAGGAUGAGCUAAUGGACUCUUCUGCCUUGAGUGAAAAUGAGCGAUUAGAAAAGUUAGAAAAAAACAAUAACAGCUUACGCAAGCAAAACAGUGAUCUAUUGGAGGAACUUGAGGUCGCUCAUACAAAAAUUGAGAGCCUGGAAGCCACAGUUAAAACCUUGCUGUCCAAUGAAGGGAAGUUAAAGCAAGCCAUCUGUACACUCGAGCUGGAAAGAGCUGCACUUCUGGCUACAGUCAAAGAAUUUCAAAAGCAGGUUCCCAGUACUGAACAUGCUGAUAACAGAACAUUUUCUGAAGCACAAGAAAAUGAUUGUAAAAUCUGAUGCACUUUACAUAAAGAGAAAAAAAAAUUAAUUAGUUAAACCAGUGGAAUUCUCUGGUUGUAUCGCACCAAGCAAAAUAUCCUUAUUUGGGUCUAGUCAAAGGCACAACAGUGUCCAGCAAUGUGGUUCUAAAAUGAAUUACUGCAUUAUCACUUACUGUCAAAGACAGAUCAACAGAAGAUUCCUUUCUCCAAGAAUCGUGUGAAUUUAUUUAUAUCUAAUGGUUACACCCUGGUUUUUAUAUAGACCAAUUCUUAACCACAGGAUUUGGAUACAGUGUUUGAAGUUAUAGUAUCCAUAGUAUGUUGUAUACAGCCACAGUUUAGAUGGAACCAUAUACUUGCAGUGUCUUAUGUUUGAACCUUUUGAACUAGCGGAUUACUUCCUAGGUGUUCACUCCAUUUCAACAUUUCAGGUGAUAAUGGUUUAACAAAUCUACUCUAAAGUUUCUUUUGCCAUUAAUUGGGCAUUAUGGUUCUCUUUCCAUAAUUCACUUUCUUGCAAGCAGUGUUUUCAUAGGCAAGCAGUAUUUUAUUUUUACCUUCUGUACAAAAGCAUUUCUGUACUUUUGGUUUGUAUUAUUUGUAAUUAAGCUAGAUAGAUAAACAUUUGGACAAAUAACAAAGUGUGUUGGCCUAACCUACUGUGGCUCAAUUAAUGUAGAACAAUCACAUCACAGAGCAGAUGACAAGAAAACUGAGAAGCAAGGAGAGAUGGGAUUUCUGCUAUUAUGCAAAUAUUGCAUUGCGGAGAAAUUAAAAGUGUGGAGACAGGGUAUUUGAAUUUGUGCUAGGGUACUGUGCGAACUUGUUUCUGGAGCCAUUAAACAGCUUGUAUAGUAGUGUGACCAGCAGUUCUACUCCAGUAUUAGUGUUUUAUAAUCACUGCAAAUUGUUCAUUUUCUCUCUUUUACAGCUCUGCUACCCCCAUGAGUCUGGAGUGUAAAUGUCAACGUGCAUGUGUGUAAUGACGAUUAUAUCUCCCAUCAUGUUACAGCUGCUGUCUUUACUUUAAAUCUUUGUAUCUCACAGGAAAAAAUUACACUCCUUUUUUUAAAUCAUUUUAAUGAAUCUACCAAAAAGAAUUGUUAGGAUCACGGUGCUUUGGUUUCUCAUCUCUCACUUGCAUCAUUCCCAAAUUUGCAUGGUAUGGCUGGACAGAAACGUAGUGAAGGAAUAAAAGAAAUUAAUAAUUCAAACAAAGGCUGUUGGCAUUUAUGCUUUUUCCACACACCUCUGAACACCACUCCACAAAACAAUUACACAGCACUGUAUGGGUUCUAAGUAAAAUAGUAUUCUUGGUGAAUCAUUGAAAUACACAUUUCUAGUUUACCAGUAAAGAGGUCAGGAAGAUAAAGGGAAUUAGCAAAAGUGAGACUUCUCAAAUGGGCAUUAUUAGCUGAUUUUUGUAUUUGUAGUUAAAUUAAUAUUAAAUGCAUUCUGUGAACAAUGUUAAUACCUGCUACAAAAAGAACUUGAAGUACCUCCAAAGGCAGUGACAAAUGUUAAUACAAAAAUAAGAAUAUGGGCAAGUAAAAAUUACAUUUCAAAUUAAGUAGUAUUUUUAUGAUAAUUGUACACCACAGUUGAUAAUGUAUUAUGGAAAGCGGCUUAUUAUCCAUGUUUUGACAGUGUCACUAUAUCACCAUUAUGUGAAUAGGAAGUGGCUAGAUAAAUGGAUAAAAUGUUAACCAUUGUUGUAUGGAAACUAGAGCCUUUUACUUUUGUCUUGCUUACAACAAAAACCUGCAUUAGCAUUUACAUCCUGUGACAUUCUUGUACCCAGUGCAAAGGUUACUUGCCAUUUAUUGAGAAUUUCACUUAACAGUGAAGUGCAUAAGUACAUUGAUGCAGUUUAACAGUGCUUGACAAUUGAUUAAGUAUCAAAGGUGGACAACCAGUAAAUGUGAAGAGAAUGAAAAUACACACCAACUGAAGGUUUGCUCAAUAGACUUGGGAAUCCAAUUGAAUAACACUAUAUCCAUCAGCUGAUGUAUUUCAUGAAUUUAAAACCAUAAUUUCAAUACAUUUAAGCCCAAUUAUUUGUAUUGGAGACACAUAACCAAAUACUUGGAUAAGAAGCCUUUGGCGAGGAUACUCAACAUUAAAUAACUGCUGUGUCAGCUUAAAUAUGUUGAAAUGGAUUGAUGUCUGUCCUUCUUGCAAUUUUUUUUCACCCUUCACUAAAGAACUCCAGAAUUAAAGAGGGAAAUGUCAAGUCACAUUUUCUUGUCUGUUCAUCAUUUUAACACGCUCUUUUGAACUGUUCCAGAUAAAAGGUGAAUAAUGUCGCAAUCCAGCCAAUCAAUUAUAUCAAUUGAACUGGUACGGAACCCAGCUGCAUAGUUUUAUUUUUCAACUAAGAAUGGGUCUGCAGAGGAGAUAUAUAACAUUAAAAUUGGAAGGUAGACCAGAGAUUAUAAAAAUUAUUACUAUCAUUACCUGAACCAGUUCCCUAAAAGCAAGGGGCAAUACAGAUGUUGGAUAGCAUUCCGAUUUUGUGAUUGUGAUGUAUUUGAACACCAGCAUAAUUAAUUGUGUUUUACAUGUCCAUGUGCCUUCUUAAUAUAAUUCUGAUUCCUCAGUUGUAAUGUUACAUAAUGAGAGUGAGCCAAGAUGUAUGGUGCACAUUAAACAGGUUGCCACAGAAGUGUUUUUUUUUAUAUUUAUCCCUUCAGUGAGUUUCUUGGUUGAUGGCUCACAACAGUUCAUGUUCAGGCUUGAUUCAGUUUCUUUAUCACUAGCUAUGUGCCGUAAGCUAGUCGAGGACUGUUACUGUUUAUCAGCAGUUAAAUCACAAACAGUAGUGUGAGACUUUAAAUGUAACAUGAAGGUGCCCGCUGGUCUCUGAAUAAAAUUGAUUUGGGUCUGAUUUGGAUCGAUGGAUAACAGGUCAAAUGAUGCAACUGUGAAAUUCAGAAAUGGCUGGUAUGUGCAUCUCUCCCACUGCUGGGUCUGCAGUGCCAUGCUUAAAUUUAACUGUAGUUCAACGUUGAGAAUAGACCUCUGUUUCUACCCUGGUACAGAUCUAGCGAAAGAGCUUGACAAUUACAGAAUGUUUACACUGCCAUUUCAAAUUUGCCAACACUUGCUCCUUUUGUAUAUAUCUGUUUGGGCUACAGCAUUUAAGAGUGGAAUAUUGCUGCUGAUUUUUUAGUAAUUAUUACCUUAUGUCUGUAAUUCGUGGCAAACAUGUCCCUGUGCAAAAUUCUAUGGGUAGGGCAGGUGGAAAAAAGGAUGCACUAAAGGAACUGAGCAUGUGCAGAACUGUAAUGAAACACUGUUCCUGUUUCCAAGUUUGAAAAUUUAAUCAAUAAACUGAUUUGAAUCACUGUUAA